UCCGGGUUCCGAAAGCGUUCUAGUUCGCUGCAGGAAAAGGACCAGCGGGUCUGGACUAUGCCUGUUUCCGCUUGGGGUUGAGGAACUUUUGUAGCGGAAAGCUUUUUUUUUUUUUUUUUUUUUUCUGUGAUACUGCAGAUUGGGCCCCAGGCCUCGCGGAGCUACAUCCCAGCCCUUUUUACUUAUUUUUAUGUUCGAGAUAGGGUCCCGCUACAUGGGCAUCGCCCAGGCAGGGCAUGAAUUGUGAUCCUCCCGGAUCGCACCGUGAACUGGGUAACAGGCGUGCGCCUUCCCGGCAGGCUUCUAAACAAAACUUUGGACGAGGGAGACGCCUUGUGGCGGAGAGCAGCCAAGCAAAGUGAAGCUAGGCCGACGGCUACGCGUGGGGAGACAUCAUUGGAGCGCGCCGGAAGCGGGCCCGCGAUGAAGAAGAGCGUGAUCUACCAUACCUUUUCUCAGAAGGAAGCAAAAGAGUACGAUGUUCAGCAGCUGGGAGCCCAGCGGGCGGAGGCCUUCGUGAGCGCCUUCCUGAGGCGGAGCGUACCCCACAUGAGCCAGCAGGCCUGUGAGAACCAGUUGCAGCGCAAGGCCGUUAUUCUGGAGUACUUCACUCGCCAGAAGCGGAAGGAAAAGAGGAAAAAAUCCAAAGGCCUCUCCGCCAGGGAGAGGAGGGACCUGCAGCUCUUUGACAUUAAACCAGAGCAACAGAAAUACAGUCUUUUUCUCCCUCUUCAUGAACUCUGGAAACAGUACAUCCGGGACCUGUGCAAUGGCCUCAAGCCAGACACGCAGCCGCAGAUGAUUCAGGCAAAGCUGUUAAAGGCGGAUCUUCAUGGUGCUAUUAUUUCAGUGACAAAGUCCAAAUGCCCCUCAUACGUGGGUGUAACAGGAAUCCUUCUACAGGAGACAAAGCAUGUUUUCAAAAUUAUCACCAAAGAAGAUCGCCUGAAAGUUAUCCCCAAGCUAAAUUGUGUGUUUGCUGUAGAAAUCGAUGACUUUAUUUCCUACAUUUAUGGGAGCAAAUUCCAGCUUCGGUCAAGUGAGAGAUCUGCCAAGAAGUUCAAAGGAAAAGGAACGAUUGACCUGUGAUUUCUGUGCCACCUAAGACAGUUGUUUAUUGCACUUGAAAAUUGGAAACACCCUAAGUACCCACGCUUCGGUGGCAAGAUUCUAGGUACAGACAUGUCCAGCCAGUGGAAGUCAAAGCCAAGGACGUGGAAUGACACAGGAAGACGUGACCUUCAUUUUUAUAGUGCCCCUGUGGAGAGACAAGGCUGGCAGACUGCACACCAGGAUUAAGUCUGGUUGACUUGAAGAGCAGGACUGGUAGGGUAUUUUUUCUUCAUACUUUUCUAACUUUUCCGAAUGUUCUAUGAUAAAUCAGUCAUUUGUGCACUACUAAAAUGCACACGUAGACUACAAAUACGUGAACUGUUCCUGCAGUCCAGCUAAGUUGAAAAGAGUGUCUAUGACACACUUUCAAGCGUGCCUGCCACCAAGCUGAGCUAAGUGAAGUUCACUUUGCAGUUUCAAAACAAUUCAGCGGAAGUGAAUGAUGAAAUUGCUACGUGACUUAGGGUUCAUUCAGUUGAGGACUUAGACUUGAGGUGGACCACCGAGGCCAAACACCAGGCCUGCAUGUGCUUAGUGGUUGUCGACCUAGUACAGGUAGACUGACCUGCGCAGCAUUCUCCCUCCUGUCAGCUCCAGAGCUGUGGCCACUGUGUCUCUGUCCAUGGUCUGACCCGCUCAGAAUGCAGACUUCUCAAACGUGGCACAUUUUGAUACCUUAGAUCUGUUUUGAUUUUUUU